AUGAGCGGCGACAGCAUUUUGAGGCACUCUUAUUCAGAGGAUUCUGGCGAUGAAGAUCGAAAAUCGCCUCAUCCUCGCAGACGGGAAAAGCUUCAAAAUUUGCCGGCCGAGAGGACAAGGACGAUUUCUGAAGUGAAUCAGGAUCAUUAUCAGAUGAUCAACGAUCGCAUCGUAGACGACAUAACGCUCGACUUCAUGUACAAACCGAGGACUUUGACGAUACUGGCAUGCUUCUGUGCGGUAUUGGUGUAUUUGGCAUUCAGAAACGACACUAACGUUGAUGACAACAUCUACCAUGGAUUGCUUGGAUCGUUAUGCCUGUUUCUGGUCAUCUCGGCCCUGGCUUUUCCCAAUGGCCCUUUCAUCCGCCCACAUCCGAUCGUCUGGCGCACCAUCUUUGGUCUUAGUGUCGCUUAUAUGGUUAUGUUGCAAUUCUGCCUAUUCUUGACAUAUGACCAAAUCAAGGCGAUGCUUGUGUAUUUCGACCCCGUUGGUCUUUCUGGCGAGCAAUUGGACGAGAAGGAAUACGCCGUCAAUUGUUCCGAUGUGUCACUGGAGAGGAUCUGGAGCCAUAUGGAUAUUUAUGCCGUCGGCCAUUUUCUGGGAUGGACGAUGAAAGCGCUCCUGAUCAGGCAUAACAACCUUUGCUGGCUGAUUAGCGUUGCUUGGGAAUUUACCGAGGUGAUCUUUACGCAUCUGCUGCCCAACUUCCAAGAAUGCUGGUGGGACGCAAUCGGGCUUGAUAUUUGCCUUUGUAACGGCGUUGGCAUUUUUGUCGGACUGAAGAUCUCGGAUUUCCUCUCGAUGAAAACAUUCCAUUGGGAAAGUAUCAAAGAUAUCAAAUCCGCCCGUGGCAGAGUCCGACGCGCUGUGCUUCAAUUCACGCCUGAGAGCUGGACGAAAAACGAUUGGACGGACGUCUAUGCAUUGAAGAGGACAUGCGCCGUUUUCUUAUUCGUGAUGAUCUGGCUGGUGACCGAGCUCAACACAUUCUUUUUGAAGCAUAUUUUUGCUAUUGAUACGUCGCACCCUGUCGUCUUUUGGAGGAUUAUCCUAAUUGCUUUGAUCUCCGCACCAUCCAUCCGUCAAUACUACGCAUUCGCAACCGAUCCCCGCGUGAAGCGCCUCGGUAUGCAGUGUUGGGUUUAUUGUGCAGUCACUGCUCUUGAAGCGGCAAUUUGCGUAAAGGUUGGUCGCGACCAAUUCCCGGGAGCCCAACUGAUCCCGAUAACGGCCUGGAUCUUCUUCAUGUUUGCAGCUACAUUCGGCACCAUUCAUUUGUCCGUUUGGUGGGCAACGCGAAGCAAGGACUUGACAAAGAAAGUCGACGUUGAGGGCACGGUUCGACGAGCUUACAUUGAUAGCUCUUGUGAGAAUCUAGGAAUGCUCGAUGACGAGGUGAAUGAACGAAGGAGGCAGCUCGGCGUGGAAAAGAAGAAAAAUCGU